CCACAACAGGAUAAUAGUUUCAUGAUGCGUCCACCCCUCCAGCGAAUGCUAGGAGCUCCAUGACUCCCUUCUCCAUCCUGCUUGUUCCUUAUCGAUGAUGACGCCACGCCUGUUCCAAGGUCACUAGCCGGCCGCCUACAGCGCUGCCCGCCUGCUGUGCCACGGUCACUGGUCCCGGGCCAUGCUCUUGCUCCACAGCUCACCUGCAUCACCUGGCACGUCCUACCUCCAACCUCUCUCCCCUUCCAUCCUCCCUCCAUCCUUUUCUGACCCCUGCACGACUGUAUUCUUUAUAUACGACACUCUUUCAUCCUUUCCUCGGGCAUAAACCUCUCUUUCUUCAAGCCCCAAGACAUCCACGAUGAAGUCCACCUCCUUGCUCGCAGCUGCCGUGCUGCUGGGCGGUGUCACCGCUGAGGUACACAAGCUGAAACUCAACAAAGUCCCCUUGUCAGAGCAGCUUAAUUCACACAACAUGGACUCCCGUGUGCGUGCUCUGGGUCAGAAGUACAUGGGGAUCUAUGACGGAUUGUUCCCCGAUUCUAUCCCCAAGCGCCAAGGCAGCCAUGACGUCCUCGUCGAUAACUUCCUGAAUGCGCAAUACUUCUCCGAAAUCACCCUGGGUACCCCCCCUCAAAGCUUCAAGGUCGUGCUCGACACCGGCAGCUCCAACCUCUGGGUGCCUUCUUCGGAGUGUGGAUCCAUCGCAUGCUACCUGCACAGCAAGUAUGACUCCUCUUCCUCGAGUACCUACAAGAAGAACGGCACCGAGUUCGCCAUCCGCUAUGGAUCCGGUAGCUUGAGUGGCUUUGUCUCUCAAGAUGUUCUUCAGAUUGGCGAUUUGAAAAUCGAGAAUCAAGAUUUUGCGGAAGCGACCAGUGAGCCCGGUCUUGCCUUUGCUUUCGGCAGAUUCGAUGGCAUUCUGGGACUGGGAUAUGACACCAUCUCGGUCAACAAGAUCAUUCCCCCUUUCUACAACAUGCUGAACCAGAAACUGCUUGAUGAGCCGGUUUUUGCCUUCUAUCUUGGAGAUUCCAACACCGAAGGUGAUGACUCUGUGGCCACCUUCGGUGGUGUCGACACUGAUCACUUCACUGGUGAUCUGAUCAAGAUCCCUCUUCGCCGGAAGGCGUACUGGGAGGUUGACCUUGACUCUAUUGCCUUUGGCGAUAACGUCGCAGAGCUUGACAAAACCGGUGCCAUUUUGGACACUGGCACUUCCCUUAUCGCCUUGCCUUCUACUCUUGCUGAGCUCCUGAACAAGGAAAUUGGUGCCAAGAAGUCUUUCACCGGUCAGUAUACAGUCGAGUGUGAGAAGCGCGACUCCCUGCCUGACCUCACUUUCGCCCUGUCUGGCCACAACUUCACCAUUGGCCCCUAUGACUACAUCCUCGAAGUCCAGGGCUCCUGCAUUAGCGCGUUUAUGGGCAUGGACUUCCCUGAGCCUGUCGGCCCCUUGGCCAUCCUGGGAGAUGCUUUCCUGAGGCAAUGGUACAGCGUGUAUGACCUUGGCAACAGCGCUGUCGGUCUCGCAAAAUCGAAGUAAUCGGGUAAAUGAACGUAGCUUCGGUUUGUGGAUGCUGAUCAUGGGGGACCAGGAGGAACAGUGGUCGAAAGGUGUUUCCUAUGUCUGGUUGUCUGCGUUGUCCAUCGUAUCCAGUUAAUUCCGCAACUGUGGCACCACCACACAUGUUUCCACAGAUUGAAUCUCGGAGGGUUUUUAGCACGAACCUAAUUUUGCUCUAAAUGUUCUUAUCUCACUUGCUUCUGUUGUCCUCAGUAGCACCUUUGCUGUUUUCUGCACCUAGGCUGUUCCAUCUGUAUGUACUGGACCUUAAAUAUGCAAUAGCACCCUGGACGGAAUGUAUGUGACUAUAUAGG